GCGUAGAAUUUUAACCGGGGCAUAUUUUGCCGAAAUUAAAACCCAGUUGUACGUUUCUACCCUGAGCGAUCAUUACAGACUGGGGAUAUUCAGAGCCCUAUGUUAUUUACUCAAAUAGACAUCCAACUUAUCAAGUCUUUCCCUGACUGGGUCAAACGAGGGCCGGACAUACAAUCAAAGCAACGGUGCAGCAUUCUUGUAAGUCUAUUCUCUUUCUGGCUCUCUUCACCUCUAAUUAUCUGUCUUAAACCUCUAAAGUAUAUUCCACCUUAUAAACCUCUACGAAAUUAUGCCGAUGUAAUUGUCUCUAUUCUAUGUGUAAUAAUCCCCCAUAUUAUAUCUCAGCCUUAGCUCGGAGUCGGAGAUCAUUUUCUAAUAAUCACUUAUAACUUGGGGAAUCAUAAUGUCAAAUCGUACCUCGUUGCCAGAUCCUCCAAGGGUCUUGCGGUGG